UGAUGUAGCCAUUUUUUUGGAGACGGAGACUAUGGCGCACGACGACGAGUUUGGCCUGAAGCGGUCGUCGGGAGUGGACUACAGCCAAGUGCUGGAUCGGCAGAUUGACGACAACCGAUUUGAGCGGCAGCGUGCAAUCCGAGUGGCCUCCUCAGCGGUGCGCUAAUCCCUCGCCAGUCAGUACGCGGUAAAGUGUCUGAUUUUGUCUCACUUGUCUUGCAGCCACCCGCGGAGCAACCCAAACAUGCUGGAGCCAAGGCUGCAGCUCCGCAGUCCGCCACCAUGGAUGCCUUCAUGCGUAUGAUGACGGGCAAGGAAGAGCGCACCAUUGCCGACCGUAUCAGCGACCCGAACCGCCCCACGUGGGAGCAGUACAAAAAGGAGAAUGCGGACAAAUUGGACCUUAGUGGCAACGGAGAGAAGGAGAUGAAGGAGUACAGGAAGAAGCUAGAUGCUGCUAGGGAGAAGAAACUCGCUGGGUCCAGCAGCUCCAAAAAGAGGAAGAAGAAACACAAGAAGCGUACUUACUCUUCAUCAUCGGAAGAUUCUAGCAGCGAGGACGAGCGUCGACGUUCCAAGCACAAGAGUCGCAAGAAAAAGAAAAGCAACAAGCGUAGACGAAGAACCUCAGACUCAGAUGAUAGCAAAUCGGACUCGGACGACGACCGUUCUCGACGACGCAAGCGCUCUAAGAAGAGCAAGAAAUCGUCAUCGCGCAGGAAAGACCGGGACGCUUCGCCCUCGCCCGUGCGUCUGUCUUCCUUCCUGCAGCAAUCGAGCGAUGAUUCGGACGACGAGUCUUCAUAGCGGACGAUCAGCGACGUCAACGUCGCAGGGUUAAUCGCCACUAGGUUCUCACUCGUGCUUUUAGACUGUUCAUACGUUUAUACAACGAAGCAACACAGAUGGUAUCUUGAGUCAACCGCAUCUUUGCUCAACAUAGUUCAAUCGCA